GUCGGCCAAACUAUCGGAAGUGUCUAAACCGUUUCGCCAACUUGCUGAGAAUUUACUGACUUCUGUGACGGGUAAGUUGGGACAUUUUCUCAUGAACAAGCCAUCUAACCGCGUCGUAGAUCCGAAGGCUGUGCCCCAAAUAUUCACCUGGCUAGAGGACACUGUUGGGCGGUCAGCGAAAAGACCAAGACAUUGGGGCCUUCCAAAGACUAUCACGACGAAUUGUGAAUCUGUCCCAAUAGCGCGACAAAGGGGGGCAGAUACACACUGGCCUGAGAAUUGGCCCCAGUCAGACCUGAACGAACGUCACUUUUCAUCCGAUCAACCGUCGAGCAGCUCGGAUUCAUUGAUGCCUGUGGAUGGCCCUCCGUUCAACGUUAUGGCGGCGCAUCUUACUGAAGGAGUAGGUGAUGGGCAAAAUGGAAGAUCUACAGGACACGCCCCUUCAGAUUGUAGCUCUGACAGAAGAACAUCGUUGGAGGAAAUUUCGAUACAUCCUGACAAGAGCCUUGAAGACGACAACCUGGGUUGUCAAGGGAGCCAAGGCAGGGACGAGGGAACGGAUAUUUUAGGGUGGUUGAGCUUAUUUGGAAACGUGAAUGAGCUUCAUCCGACGGACACCGUCCGUGAUGUGUUAUCUAGCUGGUCCGAAUAAAGAAUCGGCGAAUGUUAUGUGCGAUAUGCAGAAUUAUCUACCUUGGGUUCGCUUUUGUAAUUACUUCUUGCGAAACUCUCAAAA